UGCCCUAAUUUAGCUAACAUAUAAAAAGAAACCCUCCACAGAGACCCAUCCUUUUCACCGCAACCUGAGAACUCGCAGCUGCAAUUUCUCUAAGGCUGAGAAGAUCAGAAUUAUUUGAAGGAAAAUGUCUUCAGGAGAAGCCGCUUGUACCUAUGCUUGCUUGAUCCUUCACGAUGAUGGCAUCCCUAUCACUGCGGAGAAAAUUUCGACACUAGUUAAAGCCGCUAAUGUGAAAGUCGAAUCAUACUGGCCAAGCCUUUUUGCUAAGCUCUGUGAGAAAAGGAACAUUGAGGACCUUAUCAUGAACGUUGGAGCUGGUGGUGCUGCUGCUGCAGUAGCAGUUGCUGCCCCUACUGGUGGCGCUGGUGCUGGUGCUGGUGCUGCUGCCGCAGCCGCCCCGGCUGCUGAGGAGAAAAAUGAGGAGCCCAAGGAGGAGAGUGACGAAGAUAUGGGCUUCGGUUUGUUUGAUUAGAAGGAGCUCUUUUAAGUACGCUUGUAGCUUUUCCUGCAAACGUUAGUGUCUGCAUUGUUAAGUCAUUCUAGUGGUUUUGCUUUAUGUUUUGAAAGAUUAUUAUGUUCAUGAAAUGGUGGGUUGUCCGAAUCUCUUGAGAUAUUGAGCAGCAAUUUAAUUUUGUCUAUUGAUGUUUGUUAAGUUUUGUUGUUUUA